AUGAAGGGGACACAGAACUAGCAGAUUAGCUCCCACAGCAAAUUAGCAUCAAGAUAUAAAAUAGCCUUCUGUGUCACUUUGAUGUGAACCAACAGAAAGUUGUGUUUGUCUCGUAGGAAGGAAGCAGCGAACCAUGAACCAUGAAGAAAAAAAUGGACGCAACAGAAAACAGAAAGAGGUAGUUAGGUAAAGGAUUGUGGUUAAUAAGUAACAGGCCACAACGGUCUCCCUGCCCUGCAAGGCCUGCUGGGAAAAUCUCUUGGCAAGCAGACGUGUGUGUGUGUGUUUGUGUGUGUGGGCGCAGAGAGAUACCGCUGAAAUAAAGAACAGGAAGAGGAGAUAGAGCAGCACCUUCUCUGACACGUCUUGCCUCUAAAGCUCUCCAAGUUCCUCUUCCCUCCCCAAGCGAAGGCACCUCUAAUGGGCAAAGUGAAGGGCAGCCCUGGCCCCUCAGCUCGGAGGCCGGACAACUCGGCUUUCAAACAGCAGAGGCUGCCUGCCUGGUCUCCCAUGCUAACAGCUAACACCGUGCUGCCGUUCUUCUACUUUAUGGCUUUGAUAUGCAUGCUGCUGGGAGUAUGGCUGCUUAUCACAGUGCAGCGCACACAGGAACUGAAGAUGGACUACACCGAGGCCGGCACAUGCAAUAGUUGUUUUGAAAAGCGAAAAAAUGUGAGCAAGGCAGCUGAAACCUGCAGCUGCACGGUGGUGUUUCCCAUUAAGAGCGCAUUCAAGGGAGACGUCUUUUUCUACUAUGGCCUCCGAAACUUCCAUCAGAACCUCCGGAGAUACAUGGACUCCAGAGAUGAUGCACAGAUGGUCGGCAGGAAGAAAAACUUAAAGAGCCCCAGCUCUUACUGCAUGCCCUUUACACAUGACCAAAAUGGACUCCCCAUCGCCCCCUGUGGUGCUGUGGCCAACAGUAUGUUCAACGACUCCUUCACUCUGAACUAUCACAGACCCGGCGGUGGCACAGUUCGGGUCCCUCUGCUGCGGGGGGGCAUCACCUGGUACACGGACAAAAACAUCAAGUUCCGCAACCCAGCGACGGGCAACCUGACUCUGGCUCAAGUGUUUGAAGGCACAGCGCAGCCUCCGUACUGGCAGAGGCCCGUGUAUGACCUCGAUCCCCUGGACCCGACCAACAACGGCUUCAUCAAUGAUGACCUCAUCGUAUGGAUGAGAGAGGCAGCCUUCCCCAACUUCAAGAAGCUCUAUGGGGUUUUAAACCGAGCCAACGAGCUCUUCACUGACGGUCUGCCAGCUGGGAAUUAUACUAUCGACAUAGUCUACAACUUCCCUGUGCAGUACUUCCAGGGCAGAAAGGAAGUCAUUCUGACCACGCUGACCUGGUUCGGAGGUCAGAACCAUUUCCUGCCCAUCGCUUACCUAGUAACCAGCAGCCUGAUCCUACUCAUAGCCAUCAUCCUCACGGUGGUCUGGUGGAAGUUCGGGAAGAAUGGGAGGAACAUGGUGGAAUGAAGGGUAAGAGGUGCGCCGGCACGGUGAAGAACAAGCAGCUGAAAUGUGAUAAUUGUCGCGCUGCUUAGCAGCUGUUUCAAAGAGACAUCUGAAAUGACGAGAAUAUUGAUGUGAGCAAAUGAAGCUAAGGAGAAGGGUUCAAAAAUAAUGUUCAUUUGGUGCAAUACCAAAUGUGCUGGAAAACCAAAGAAGAAUUAAGUUUGACAUCUGUGAAAUUACUUUCUACAAAGUGACCCUCGCGUUAGCGCUUUUAUUGUGAUGACAUUGCUCUGAACGGCCCCCUGACGGCUGGCUGCGUCAGCACAGGCUUCAAGCUUCCUUUACAUGUUGAUUUUACUCUGCGUUUUUUAAUACACACCAUUUUGUUCAUGCACUGUUAAUAUUUAUUAAUAUAAUUGUGAUAUAAUUUAUCGAUUAUUUAAUGAACAAUCCAAUCUCUAUGGCUGUAAGGCUUCAUUAAUGUCUGUUAAUCCAAAGUAGAAGAACACCUGUCAGAUGAGCCCUGCGAUGCUAAUCCAGAAGAGUGAAUAAAUUUGUAAUGUUG